AUGAUGAGCAGCUACCCGGACGGCGAGGAGGACACGGUGGCGCUGCUGGCUCAUAACACCAGCGGCAGCAAGGAACCGGAGCGGGUCAAGGAGGAGCUGAGCGCCGACAAGGGCCCCGAGAAACCGGACCCCUCGCAGAAGCCCCCCUACUCCUACGUGGCCCUGAUCGCCAUGGCUAUCCGGGAGAGCGCGGAGAAGAGGCUCACGCUGUCCGGGAUCUACCAGUACAUCAUCAGCAAGUUCCCUUUCUACGAGAAGAACAAGAAGGGCUGGCAGAACAGCAUCCGCCACAACCUCAGCCUCAACGAGUGCUUCAUCAAGGUGCCCCGGGAGGGCGGCGGCGAGCGCAAGGGCAACUACUGGACCCUGGACCCGGCCUGCGAGGACAUGUUCGAGAAGGGCAACUACCGCAGGAGACGAAGGAUGAAGCGGCCCUUCCGGCCGCCCCCGACCCACUUCCAGCCCGGCAAGACACUCUUCAGCCCCGACAGCUACGGCUACCUCUCCCCGCCCAAGUACUUGCAGUCCACCUUCAUGAACAACUCGUGGCCGCUGGCGCAGCCCCCCGCGCCCAUGCCCUACACCUCCUGCCAGAUGUCUGGCGGGAACGUCAGCCCCGUCAAUGUGAAAGGACUCUCGGGCCCGGCUUCCUACAGCCCCUACUCGCGGGUGCAGAGCAUGGCGCUGCCCAGCAUGGUGAACUCCUACAACGGCAUGGGCCACCACCACCACCAUCCGCACGCCCACCACCCCCAGCAGCUCAGCCCGGCCAGCCCGGCGCCGCCCGCGGCCCCGGCCGCGAACGGAGCCGGCCUCCAGUUCGCCUGCGCCCGCCAGCCCGCCGAGCUGUCCAUGAUGCACUGUUCCUACUGGGAGCACGACAGCAAACACAGCGCCCUGCACUCCCGCAUAGACAUCUAGGGAGGCUCCGGCCGGCCGUCGCCGCAGAAAUGUCCUUGCCCCGGUCCCGCUGCCCCUCUCCGAUCCCGCCGCGUUCUCGUGUCUCUCCUCCUCUCUAGCUGCGGACUUUUCUCUCUCUGUGCCCAAACUGUUGCGGCGGGGAGAUAGCAGCCCUGCUCCGCCUGUAGUGUAAGUGUAGGAGCCGUCCUGCGCUGAGGAGAAGGCAGUGUAAGUGUG